GCCCAGCUGGAGCACUUGGGGCCCGCCGGGGCCUGCGCGGCCAGUGCUGGACUGGCAGAUGCCAGCUGUGUGUGCUGUCUUGCGGAUUUCGAGGAGGGCGACAAGCUGUCAGUCCUCCCUUGUGGGCAUAUGUUCUGCGAGGCCUGCAUUGUGAACUGGGCCUUCUCCGGGCGCGCCGCUUCACGGCACUGCCCAGUGUGCCGAGCCGACUUCCGAGCCAGACGCACAGAACCUGCAUAG